AUGCACAUGAAGUACAUCGAGCAGUUCCAAAAGGGCUAUAAACCUCCCCUCCAGGAGCAGCCCGAUGCUCCAGGUCUCCAGAAAAAGCUCGAUCCUCAGCCGCUCAACAAUGUCACUGCAGAUGGAAAGCUUUACAAGGCUUCUGGGAAGCUCGAAGGCAAGAGCGCCAUUAUUACGGGUGGAGACAGCGGUAUUGGUCUGAGCACCGCGAUUUUGUUCGCCCUGGAAGGCGCAGACCUCACGCUUACCUACACCUCGAAGGAAAAGGAUGAGGCCAAGGUAGCGGAGGAGGAGAUCAAAAAGGAGACCAACGGAAAACGCAAAGUCCAGAUGCUCGAGUUCGACCUUCGCAAAGAGGAGCAGUGUAUCCUGCUCAUCGAAAAGCAUAUAUCCUUCCACGGCAAGCUCGAUGCCCUUGUGCUCAAUCAUGGAACACAGAACGCCAACACCUAUCUGCCCACGCUCCCCACCGAGCAGUGGCAUAAUACGUUUGACACCAACAUCCACUCCUUCUUCUACAUCUGCAAAGCUGCCAUCCCGCACAUCCCUCCAGGCGCGACGAUCAACUUUAACGCAUCCAUCAACAUGGCCGUGGGUCACCCCGAGCUCAUCGACUACACUGCAACAAAGGGCGCUAUCAUCGGCUUUAUGCGCGCGCUCAGCAACCAGAUUGUUGGAGAGAAAGGCAUUCGCUGCAAUGCGGUUGCACCCGUACUAACAUGCGCAUACAGCCCGGCUACGAUGUCAAAGCAAUCAAUUGAAAAUUUCGGAAUGACGGUCCCCAUGGGUCGUGCAGGUCAGCCCGUUGAGAUCGCAACAGCGUUCGUGUACCUCGCAUCAGUAGAUUCGAGUGACAUCAGUGGCCAAGUCAUUCAUAUAAAUGGAGGUGUGGCCAUUGAGUGA